UUUUGAAAAUAGUUUUUCACGUAUAUAUUUCUUUUUAUUUGAAAAAUUGGGUGAAAGGUGCAAAUACACACGUAUGCACCCUUGGGAAUUGGAUAAUUCGAAAGAAUUUUGAAGGAAAAGAGGGGUGAAUGGAGAUAAUCCAAGCAAGCUGCACCUCCAACUUCCGACCAUAUAUUCACCCACCUGCCCGCCGUCAAUCAUCCCGGAUUCGCACUGGGAUUCUCGUUUCAUCGUGGCAAUCCCCAAGCUCAAUUUCACCUGUGAAGUCAAAAAUCCCAACUUACAGUAAGCCCAUUUCUACUACUCGGGCAAUCCUCGAUAGCAGCACUUCUGACUCUGUGGCCACUAAAGCUGUGGAACAUGGUCCAUCUUUAGCAGUCAAAAAAAAGGCUUUCGAGGUAUCCACUGAUUUAAAGGGAACUUCAAUAUUUUUAGUUGGGAUAAACAGCUCUUAUAAAUCGAAUUUGGGGAGGAUGCUUGCUGAUGAAUUUCGAUACUAUUACUUCGACAGUGAUAGCGUGGUGGAGGAAGCUGCUGGAGGAAAAGCAUCUGCCAUAUCCCUCUUGGAGGGGGAUGAAGAAGGAUAUCUUGCCUCAGAGACCGAAGUAUUAAAGCAGUUGUCAUCAAUGGGCCGGCUGAUUGUUUGCGCUGGAAAUGGAGCUGUUAAUGGUGCUACGAAUUUGGCACUUUUAAGACAUGGGAUUUCAAUUUGGAUUGAUGUGCCAUUAGACUUGGUGGCCAGAGAUGUGUUGGAAGAUAGAGUUCAGCUCUCUGCUUAUGAUAUGCAUGUGUGCAGAUCUUCUUCGGAGGUACCUGGUCGAUUGGCUACACUGUAUAGUAGUGCACAAAGUGGAUAUUCUACAGCUGAUGCUACCAUUUCCUUUCUAAAGAUAGCUUCCCAACUGGGUUAUGAUGAGCUGGAUGCAGUGACUACAGAGGAUUUGUGUAUUGAGGUUCUUAAGGAGAUAGAGAAGCUGGUAAGAGUGAAGAAGAUGAUGGAGGAUGCAGCCAGACCAUUUUAAACCACAGUCUAGUUUUAGAAAACAUUAUUUCUUUCAGGCGUAAACAAUUCGUGUUUAUUUAAAAAAAAAAAAAAAGUAAUUCUAAUGCAAGAAUGUCUAUGAUGGCUAUUAGUGACGUACGAUGUCUUCUCCUGCAGCACUGAGUGGUAAUCGAUAAUAUGGAAAGGUAAAAAAUGGUUGUUUGUCUGUCAUUACAUAUGCGAGGUUUUUACCAGCAGAUUGCCAAAAUUGGUUCUUCUAGGUGGGAAAUUGAGGUAUUUGCCUGCUUCUGUCAAUUUGUGACCAUUGUUUAAAUAUCCUAAAGAUCAAUUUUGAUCAGCGCCCAGGUUCUAAUAUGUUGAAGUUUGCAUAAUGCAUAUACAUAGGACUUGACUUGUUAAUUUUUCACAUGGCUAGUUGUAAACUUUAAUUAUGGGAAGGUAGUUGUGGCAUAUGACAGACUUGUGCGUCUUUGUCUGUCGCCUGGUUACCUGCCUCUAAUUUUUUUCUUCAUGGUCCCCCUAUUUUUUCUCGACCUGCUUUGGUUAAUUAGAACUUUAUUAGGAUAUGUUACUUGUUAAACAUACAAGGCUAACCUAACUUUUUUUUUUAAUUGGUAGUAAUAAACAACAGCAGUAAAAUGUGGAUUACAUCUCCCAACUCAUAAAAGUGCGUGAUACAUAAUUUAUUUACUUAACAUAUUUAAUUUUAUUUUCGAAAUUACAUUAAUUUAUUAUAAAUUUUGUCAU